AGCUUAGUUUGGUUCUUGGAGGAAGCUUUGCAUUGAGGUUCCAAGUUUGCGAAAAGCUUUCCUACUAAAGAGUAUCCUGGAAGACAGCCUGUCUGGAGAGAAGCAGGAAUUCAAGGAGGCAAGAUGACUUCAGACAGGAAGAUGUUCGUGGAGACAGUAGACAAAGCUAUUGCUGAGGCUGAAGAUAUUCUCUCAAAGGACAAGCUGUUUUCCUAUAAGUCUGUGCUGUUUCCUAAAGCAUUCUGCAGCCCAGAAACUUUCAAGGCUCUUGAGUCUUUUGAAGCCAGGAGUGAUGAUAUUUUCCUAGCGGGGUAUCCUAAAACCGGUACCAACUGGUUUAUCCAUAUUCUAUGUGACUUAGUAAGAACUGUAAAGAAAAGUAAAGAUGAAUGGAAUAAAGGAAGUGACGACUCGCUUUACUUAGAAUUUGGAGAUCCAGGAAAAUUUGAGAGAAUGAAGAACUUACCAUCCAGACAAGUUUUAGGAACGCAUCUUCUUCCACAUAUGUUGCCUGAAUCCAUUUUUAAGAACAAAGCCAAAGUUUUGGUGCUGUUUAGAAAUCCAAAGGAUGUAGCUGCAUCUUAUUUCCAUUUCAGCAACAGGAUGCCCACACUUCCUUCAUUUAAGACAUGGAAUGAGUUCUUCAGAGCUUUUAUGGAGGGCAAAGUGGCCAGGGGCUCAUACUUUGAUUAUCUGGUGGAAUGGAACAAAUAUAUUGAUGAAAAGAACGUUAAGUUCAUAACCUAUGAAGAAAUGAAAAUGGAGCCAAAGUUGGGAAUGAAGAAAAUAGCUGACUUUUUGGGAUUCUCUGUUAAUGAGGAAGAAAUCCAAAUGAUUAUAGAGAGGAGCAAUUUCCAGGAAAUGAAGAAGAAUUCUAAGUGUACCCAUGGCAACCUUGGGGACAUACUCUUCCGCAAAGGAGGUGUUGGAGACUGGAAGAAUAUUUUCUCUGAAACUCAGAGCCAAGAAAUGGACAAAAAAAUUGAAGAGUCCUUCACUGGAACGAAGCUUUAUGAGAUAAUGAAGUAUGAAAUAUGAAAUUUACUGCCAGUCUUGAGAAAUCAAGAAAAACAGCAGAGCUUCAGUUUCUCACAUAUGAUUUCUUGCUUUGUAUUUGUUUGUAUUUAUGUAGGAGGUCAUUGCAAAAUGAAACUGCUUUCACUCUGCCUUUAACUGUGCAGACAUAAAUAAAUCUAAAUUAUACUCAGUGACAUUUCAGGCUUACUUUCACUGCUGCUGUCCAGAUGUUUUUGGCACCAUCAGCACAGUAUGCAAAUUAAAUACACACAUACUUUUGUCUUUUAACACUUCCCCACACAUGUUUCUGAGAAACUUGCUUCUUUUCCACAAUAAUCAUCAUGUGUAUUGUUGAUCUUUGAUGAGUUAAGCUAACAGACUGCAGAUGAUUUGAACAGGAGUGCAUUUUCAUAAAUAAAUUGAAUCUUAAUCCCAACAACA